GCUUUUUCACUUUUGCUUUUUUUUCCCUUUACUACACAUCAACUGAAAAAGAUAGUCCAGGAUGACAAAUAUAACAUCAAUCAUUCCAAUAGAAGGAAUGACUUGUCACUCUUGUGUCAACGCAAUAACAAAAGCACUUGCCCCUCUUACAGAAACAGUACAAAUCAGCCUAGAACAUAAAAACGCUACCAUCACUCAUUCGGAUAUAGUCUCUAAGGAAACACUCAUAGCAGCAAUUGAAGAUUGCGGAUUUGAUGUACCGAAAAUCUCCGAGAUCAAACUGAGUAUCCAAGGCAUGACUUGUCAAUCUUGCGUGAAAUCCAUUACAAAUUCAAGCUUAUCACUUCAAGGUUUAGAAUCAAUCAGCGUCAGUUUAGAGGAUGCGACGGCAACAAUACAAUAUCAGCCCUCGAUAAUUACACAGGAUAAAAUUAUUGAUACGAUUAGGGAGUGUGGAUUCGAUGCGGCUCUUUAUUCUCAAGACAGUAACAAACCUGUGCAGCCAAAGCCAACAGUUGAGCCAACGAUUCAGCAAAACAUAACUCAGCAGUCAGACACAACUGCACAGCUACGCGUUACCGGCAUGACCUGCGCCUCAUGCGUCAACAGCAUUGAAAGAGGAUUAUCUGCCAUACAAGGCAUUUCUGCGGUCCAAGUGUCAUUGCUUGCAGAGUCAGCUACAGUUAGUUACGAUCCUACGGUCAUUCAGAUUAAUCAAAUCAUAGACUCGAUAAACGGCAUGGGAUUCGAUGCUACAGUUCUUGUAGAUAAUGUUCAGCAACGCUCAAGCAGACUUCAACUUCAGAUCUUCGGUAUGACCUGUGCUAGCUGUGUUAACGCCAUUGAGCGAGAACUUUUGAAAAUGAAUGGUAUACAUACAGUAUCUGUCAACUUAAUGACAGAAUCAGGCAUAAUUACAUACAACCAAUCCACAAUAGGCCCUCGAGAAAUUGUUGAAAAAAUUGAGUCAAUAGGAUUCAAUGCUCUUGUAAGCGACAAAUCCAAGAGUGUACAACUGGAAAGUUUGUCCAAAAUCAGGGAAAUCAAACAAUGGCGUCGUGGUUUCUGGCAAAGUUUUGCAUUUGCCUUUCCUGUGUUUUUGAUGGCUAUGAUACUGCCUGAGUUCAAGUGGGGUAGAGAGAUUUUGAAUACACCUACAUAUAUUAUACCAGGACUUUACUUGUUUGACGUGUUGCAGUUGGCUUUGGCAACACCUGUACAAUUCAUCAUUGGGAAGCGCUUCUUAGUGUCUGCUUAUCAAUCACUGAAACACAAUGCACCUACCAUGGAUGUCUUAGUUGCUUUAUCCACCUUGUCUGCUUACUUUUUCUCGAUUAUUUCCAUGAUCAGAGCCAUUUACAAUGCUUCUUCUACUCGUCCUUCUGUCUUUUUUGAUACUUCUGCUACGCUGGUUACAUUUAUUAUGGCAGGUCGAUAUAUGGAGAACUUGGCCAAAGGGCAAUCCUCUUCCGCACUGUCCAAAUUAAUGUCGCUUACUCCUUCUACUGCUACUAUGGUUCAACUCUCUAAGGAUGGAACUAUUCUCUCAGAGAAGCAAAUCCCUUCGGAACUCGUGCAAAUCAAUGAUUAUUUAAAGAUUGUGCCUGGUGAUAAGAUACCUACAGAUGGUGUUUUGGUCUCUGGUGAAUCUUCUGUUGAUGAAAGCAUGAUCACAGGUGAAAUCGAUCCUAUCAACAAAAAAGCAGGUGAUACUGUGAUUGGUGGUACAGUGAACGGACUCGGCACAUUUGUGAUGAAGGCCAUCCGUGUAGGUUCUGAAACUGCUCUCAGCCAAAUUGUUCGAUUGGUAGAAGAUGCUCAAGUAAAUAAAGCACCUAUUCAAGGAUUCACCGACAGGGUUGCUGGUGUGUUUGUGCCAUCUGUUCUCGUUUUGGGUAUUUCCACCUUAGUUAUUUGGUCUGUAUUGGUAGGCUGUUUGGGUGUCAGCCAUAUGCCUGCGCUUUUGCAACAUGAAAUUAUCAAAGAAGGCAAUAAUGGUGAUUGGUUCUUUGUCUGCCUCAAGAUGUGUAUUAGUGUUAUUAUCGUUGCUUGUCCUUGUGCUUUGGGACUUGCUACGCCUACUGCUGUUAUGGUUGGCACAGGUCUAGCUGCAGAACACGGUGUGAUCUUUAAAGGUGGCGAUGUGCUUGAAAAUGGUCAGAAAGUCAACAAGGUUGUGUUUGACAAGACAGGAACAUUGACCACAGGUCAAGUACAAGUAGUGAACUAUCACAGCUGGGAUGAUCGUGAAACAACCAAGCAUAAGAUGCUCUUGCUUGCUGCUCUUGCUGAAGCCAGAAGUGAGCAUUUGUUGGGACGUGCUGUUGUCAACAAGACCAAGGCAUUAACACAAACGCUUGCCGAGUCAUCUUUAGAUCAUUUGGGUUCUGUGUCAGACUUCAAGAGUGAAACUGGUUAUGGCAUACAGUGUCAUGUAACGCUUAAUGAAGACUUUAGUCAACCUUAUCAAGUUAUUGUGGGUAAUCAAGCCUGGUUAGAAGACCAUCAUGGCAUUGGUUUAUCAGAUGAACAGAUUCAAACCAUCGAAAAAGAAUUAGCUCAAGGGUGCACAAGUAUUUUAGUCGCUGUAGACGGUCUUCCUAUGGGUUUUAUUUCUAUCUCGGAUACCCUCAAGCCAGAAGCUAAAUUGGUCAUUGCUAGUCUGCAUAAAAUGGGUAUUGACACAGCCAUGGUCACAGGUGACAAUGCAUUAACAGCUCAAUGCAUUGCAUCUCGCUUAGGCAUCACUGAAGUACAUGCAGGUAUUUCUCCAAGUGGCAAGACACAGAUUGUGAAGGAUAUUCAAUCACAAUUAAGGGUGAAGACUAGCUUCUUGCCUUGGUCUCAUCGCCUUGCUCCUACUGUUGUGGCUAUGGUUGGCGACGGCAUCAAUGACUCUCCUGCUUUAGCUGCUGCUAAUUUGGGAGUUGCUUUAUGUAGUGGAACAGAUAUUGCUAUGGAAGCUGCUGAUGUCGUUUUGAUGCGCAAUGAUUUAACUGAUGUUGUAGUGGCUCUGGAGCUUUCAAGAAGUAUCUUUAGACGUAUCAAACUCAAUUUGUUAUGGGCUUGUAUCUAUAAUAUGGUUGGUAUUCCUCUUGCAAUGGGUAUCUUUAUGCCUUUUGGAUUGCACUUACCUCCAAUGAUGGCUGGUAUGGCUAUGGCUGCUAGUUCAACAAGUGUAGUAGUGAGUAGUUUGAUGUUGAGAUGGUUCUGGAGAAAGCCUGAGUUAGAGCAACAAGUAGAAAAGACAAGCGCUUGGCAAAAACUAUCUUUAGCUACAGCUCGCUGGAGAGGAAGAGGCACCUAUCAGCCAUUAAAUGCUCAAGACUAUGAUUUGGAAAAUUUGGGCCAUUGAUUUUUAAUUUUACAUAAUAACAAUACCAGUAAUAAAUGAACCUCCCCCCCC